AUGUGGCUUGCCAAGGAUGCGACUGGCGCGGGGAAGACGUACACCAUGGGCACCGGCUUCGACAUGAGCAUCUCCGAGGAGGAGCAGGGCAUCAUCCCGCGGGCCAUCGGCCACCUCUUCAGUGGCAUCGAGGAGCGCAAGCGCGCGGCUCAGAGCCAGGGCGUGGCAGCCCCCGAGUUCAAAGUCAGCGCCCAGUUCCUGGAGCUCUACAACGAGGAGAUCCUGGACCUGUUCGACAGCGCCCGCGACCCUGACGCGCGGCACCGCAAAUCCAACAUCAAAAUCCACGAGGAUGCCAGUGGGAGCAUCUACACCACGGGGGUCACGUCGCGCCUCAUCAGCUCGCAGGACGAGCUGAUCCAGUGCCUAAAGCAGGGAGCUCUUUCCCGUACCACCGCCAGCACCCAGAUGAACGUGCAGAGCUCCCGGUCCCAUGCCAUCUUCACCAUUCACCUGUGCCAGACGAGAGUGUGUGCCCGCCCAGAGCUGGUGAACGGGGAGGUGACCAGCCUCCUGGAUGGAUCCCAGCCCGCCACCGAGUACGAGACCUUGACAGCCAAGUUUCACUUUGUGGACCUGGCUGGCUCGGAGAGGCUGAAGCGGACGGGAGCAACCGGCGAGAGGGCGAAGGAAGGGAUCUCCAUCAACUGCGGGCUGCUGGCCUUGGGGAACGUCAUUAGUGCCCUCGGAGACCAGAGCAAGAAAGUCGUGCACGUGCCCUACCGUGACUCCAAACUCACCCGCCUGCUGCAGGAUUCCCUUGGGGGAAACAGCCAAACCAUCAUGAUUGCCUGUGUGAGCCCCUCUGACCGGGACUUCAUGGAGACCCUGAACACGCUCAAAUACGCCAACCGGGCUCGCAACAUCAAGAACAAAGUGGUGGUGAACCAGGACAAGACAAGCCAGCAGAUCAGUGCCCUGCGGGCCGAGAUCGCCCGCCUGCAGAUGGAACUGAUGGAGUACAAGGCAGGCAAGCGAGUCAUCGGGGAGGAUGGCGCCGAGGGCUACAGCGACCUGUUCCGUGAGAACACCAUGCUGCAGAAGGAGAACAGCGCCCUGCGCAUGAGGGUGAAGGCCAUGCAGGAGGCCAUCGAUGCCAUCAACAGCAGGGUCACCUACCUCAUGAGCCAGGAGGCCAACCUGAUGCUGGCCAAGGCAGGGGAUGGUAACGAAGCCAUCGGCACCCUCAUCCAGAACUACAUCCGGGAGAUUGAAGAGCUGAGAACGAAGCUUCUGGAGAGUGAGUCCAUGAACGAGUCCCUGCGCCGCAGCCUGUCCCGAGCCUCUGCCCGGCCCCCCUACUCCAUGGGCUCCUCCCCGGCUGCUGGCCUGGCAGGUCUGUGCAGCCCCGCUGUGCCAGUGGAUUCAGAGGCCUCCGAUGUCCUCCGACGGGCCAAGCAGGACCUGGAGCGCCUGAAAAAGAAGGAGCGGAGGCAGCAGAGGAAGAGCCCAGAGAAGGAGGCGUUAAGGAAGCAGCAGAAACUGCAGCAGGACAACGGGGAGGAGACGGAUGAGAACGAGGUGGAAGAGGAGGAGGAGGAGCAGGACGAGAGUGGCUGUGAGGAAGAGGAUGGGCGCGAGGAUGAAGAUGAGGACUCGGGCAGUGAAGAGAGCCUGGUGGACUCAGACUCGGAUGCAGAGGAGAAGGCUGUGAAUUUCCAGGCUGAUCUGGCAGAUCUGACCUGUGAGAUUGAGAUCAAGCAGAAGCUGAUUGAUGAGCUGGAGAACAGCCAGCGGCGCUUGCAGACCCUCAAGCAUCAGUAUGAGGAGAAGCUGAUCCUACUGCAGAACAAGAUUCGGGACACGCAGCUGGAGCGGGACCGGGUCCUGCAAAACCUCAGCACCAUGGAGUGUUACACAGAGGAGAAAGCCAACAAGAUCAAAGCAGACUAUGAGAAGCGGCUGAAGGAGAUGAACCGGGACCUGCAGAAGCUCCAGGCAGCCCAGAAGGAGCAUGCUCGCCUGCUCAAGAACCAGUCCCGCUACGAGCGGGAGCUGCGGAAGCUGCAGGCAGAGGUGGCCGAGAUGAAGAAGGCAAAGGUUGCGCUGAUGAAGCAGAUGCGGGAGGAGCAGCAGCGGCGCCGGCUGGUGGAGACCAAGAGGAACCGGGAGAUUGCACAGCUCAAGAAGGAGCAGCGCCGGCAGGAGUUCCAGAUCAGGGCUCUGGAGUCUCAGAAGCGGCAACAGGAAAUAGUGCUGCGGAGGAAAACCCAGGAGGUGUCAGCACUGCGCCGUCUGGCCAAGCCCAUGUCAGACCGGGUGGCGGGCAGGACGAGCCAGAAGCCGGCUAUGCUGGACUCGGGCGCAGAGGUCUCGGCCAGCACCACCUCCUCCGAGCCCGAGUCCGGCGCUCGCUCCGUCUCCAGCAUCGUGCGCCAGUGGAACAGGAAAAUCAACAACUUCCUGGGAGACACCUCGUCCUCUGUGAACGGGGCUCGGCCUGCCAGGAAGAAGUUCCCCAAGAAGGGCUCAAGCCAGACCUUCAGCAAAGCCGCCCGCCUCAAGUGGCAGUCGCUGGAGCGGCGCAUCUUCGACAUCGUCAUGCAGAGGAUGACCAUCGUCAACCUCGAGGCGGACAUGGAGAGGCUCAUCAAGAAACGCGAGGAGCUGUCACUGCUGCAGGAGGCGUUGCUGGGCAAGCGGGCGAAGCUGCAGGCGGAGAGCCCCAUGGAGCAGAAAGGGCUGCAAGAGCUGAAUGAGGAGAUUGAGGUGCUGGGGGCCAACAUUGACUACAUCAACGACAGCAUUUCAGACUGCCAGGCCACCAUCAUGCAAAUUGAGGAGACCAAGGAGGAGCUGGACUCCACGGACACCUCGGUGGUGAUCAGCUCCUGCUCCCUGGCCGAAGCCCGGCUGCUGCUGGACAACUUCCUGAAGGCCUCCAUCGACAAGGGGCUGCAGGUAGCCCAGAAGGAGGCCCAGAUCCGGCUGCUGGAGGGGCGGCUGCGGCAGACAGACGUGGCCAGCUCCUCACAGAACCACGCCAUCCUGGACGCCCUACGGGAGAAGGCUGAGUCCCACCCCGAGCUGCAGGCGCUGAUCCACAACGUCCAGCAAGAGAACGGCUACACCAGCACGGAUGAGGAAGUCUCAGAGUUCAGCCUGGCUUCAGAUGGGAGCAUCUCCCAGUCUUUCACCAUGAAGGGCUCAGCAAGCCAGGAUGACUUCAAGUUCAAGGGAGAGCCCAAGCUCUCGGGGCAGAUGAAGGCGGUGUCAGCUGAGUGUCUGGGACCCACGCUGGACGUCUCUACCAAGAACAUCACCAAGUCCUUGGCAUCCCUCAUGGAGAUCAAAGAGGACGGGAUCGGCUUCUCCAUCCGAGACCCCUAUUACAAGGAGAAGGUGUCACGCACCGUCAGCCUGCCCACGCGAGGAAGCACCUUUCCCAGGCAGUCUCGAGGCUCAGACACUUCUCCCCUGACAAGGCGGAAAUCCUACGACCGUGGGCAACCUGCCAGGCCUGCAGACAUUGGCUUCACACCUCCCUCCUCCCCUCCCACCCGCCCGCGCAACGACCGCAACGUCUUCUCCCGCCUGACGAGCACCCAGAGCCAGGGGUCUGCCUUGGAUAAGUCUGAUGACAGCGAUUCCUCUGUCUCGGAGGUGCUGAGGGGCAUCAUUAACCCAGUGGGUGGCACCAAGAAUGCCCGGACAGCCCCACUGCAGUGUGUCUCGGUGGCAGAGGGACACACCAAGCCUGUGCUCUGCCUGGAUGCCACCGACGAGCUGCUCUUCACGGGGUCCAAAGACCGAGCUGCAAAAUGUGAAAACCUGUGACCGGCCGGAAAAAUCGCCUCCCUCAAAGGGUCACCCCAAAACAUGUGUUUCCAUCAAGUAUGCAGCCACACGGGGCUGUGUUCACCGUGUCCACGUUCGUACAUCAAAAUGUGGACCAUCCGCGACGCCGCCCGCUGCAUCCGCCAACCCUCCACAUCCUCUGGACAGGUGAUCUCUGGGGACGCCUGUGCUGGGACCACCACCCGCACGGUCACCAGCGUGCAGGGGGAGCACCAGAUCAACCAGAUCGCCCUCAACCCCACGGGCACCACGCUCUACGCCGCUGCCGGGAACGCCGUCCGCAUCUGGGAGCUGAGCAGGUUGCAGCCUGUGGGAAAGCUGAGCGGCCACAUCGGGCCCGUGAUGUGUCUCACAGUGAACCAGACAGCGAGCAACCACGACCUGGUGGUCACAGGUUCCAAAGAUCACUACGUCAAGGUGUUUGAGAUCACGGAGGGCAUGGUGGGCAACAUUGGCCCAACUCACAACUUCGAGCCCCCUCACUACGAUGGCAUCGAGUGCCUGGCCAUCCAGGGAGAUGUCCUCUUCAGCGGCUCCAGGGACAACGGCAUUAAGAAGUGGGAUCUGGAGCAGCAGGAACUUACCCAGCAAAUCCCCAAUGCCCACAAAGACUGGGUCUGUGCCCUGGCCUUCAUCCCCGGCCGCCCCAUGGUGCUGAGCGCCUGCCGAGGAGGUGUCAUCAAAGUCUGGAACGUGGACACCUUCACCCCAGUCGGGGAGAUCAAGGGGCACGACAGCCCCAUCAACGCCAUCUGCACCAACUCAAAGCACAUCUUCACUGCCUCCAGCGACUUGACAGUGAAGCUCUGGAGUGGGAGGAGGUUGCCCGCGGGGUCAAACUAGGAACUGCAGAAAGACUGGAAGGCUUGGGAGCAGGGUGAAGGUCAGGGUGCCUCCCCCUGCUAUUAGGACUCGCUCAUCUACAGGAGCACUCAGCCCAGCACAGGGAUUUCUUUGUGCCUGACCCAACGGGGUGGAGGAUACCUCAUGUGAUACUUUGAGCACUGCCAUCUCCUGUGGGGCACUGGCAGCUCUGUGGGGCACUGACAGCUCCACCUUCCCUCCUGCUGAGGUUUCUCGAUGGCUCUCCGGUGACCAGGAAAUAUUUCAUCUCUCCUCUCACCCAUCCUGCUGUAAGGACUUCUGGGGGUCAGAGCUCCUUGGCUCCUUCUUGGAGACACCCAGUUCCCUCCUGCCACUGUGGGCUUGUGUGGCCUCUGCUGUGAAGUGCUGCUCUGGGGCUGGUUCCUGCAGGAGUCCUUCUCCACAACCACGAGGACAUUUGGUGUCUGCUGGCCAGGACACAAGUACAGAGGGUGCUUCUCUGGAGCCAUUACUCGUGGGACACCUCUCUGCUGUGGGGGCUGCAGAAGGAUUUCCUGGUACUCCUGUUCUUCCCCAUCCUCUGUCUACCUGGGGGCUGCAUGUCCCCUGCAGUUGGAGGUGGGCACCUCUGAGCUCCUUUGCCAUGUCCCAUCUU